AUGUCGUCAUCGACGCAUCCUGAGACUGCUGCCGAGGUCGUAGUCGUGGUCGUCGGUUGCGGGAUCAGUGCGCUCACGACGGCAGUGCACCUCCUGGAGACGUUCGGUUCAGGACGGCUCCUCGUGGGCAUCUACGGCGACCUGACACAACUGAAUCAGACCACGUCUUGUGGUUGUGCGGGUCUAUGGCUGCCGUUCCACAUAGAACCACAGGACAAAGUGCGUGACUGGGCUCGCUCCACGUACCAGCGGUUUCUGCAGGACGCCGAAAACCCCGACACGGGCGUACGUUUCGUACCAGCGUACCAGUUUUACCCGAAACCACCGGAGAGUUUGCCCUACUGGCACGCAGACGUGCUCGACUUGGCCGUGAUUGGACGCGAUCAGCGUCCAGAGGAGACCUUGGCGAGCAGUGCACGUACCGAGUCAACGGCGGUCGCUGACACAAUGCCUUCGUUCCCGGACGGCUACUCGUAUGCGCUUCAAUGGCGUACGGCCGUGGUCGAUAUGCCCCGCUAUCUCGAAUGGCUCGUCGCAAGAUUCCGUCGACUUGGCGGCAUAUUCUGGAACGAGAACUCUGGUGAACCACCAUUGCCUUUACAAAGGUUGACAGAUGUGGUACGUCGAUGUCGCAUACCGACCACGAACCGAAUGACCAUUGUCGUGAAUGCUACGGGUCUGGGUGCGCGUACGCUCUGUGCUGACUCGGAGUUACGUCCAGCAUUGGGUGUGCUCGUCCGCGUUCGCUACCCAAUGCGAUUCGUUUUGCAAGUAGCAGGCGGUCCACUCGGAGAUCCGCAGUACCCCACCUAUGUAAUCCCACGAAACGAGGAGCUGUGCACCUGCGGCGGAACGGUGCUGUUCGAUCUUCCAGCAGCAGAGCAGGAGCGACUUGUGCAGUUGUCGACCAUCGCAGACCACUUGGAGCCUGAGCAAAUACCACCAAUUGCUCGCGACAUGCUCGAGCGCUGCCGGCAACUCUACAAGCCGUGGCAAAACAAGGAUGUCGCAUUAUCAGUGGCCGAGGUGUGGAGCGGCCUGCGUCCAGUACGCACCGGAGGUGUUCGCCUUGAGCUCGAGCGCUGGCCGGCGGCCGGAGAAGCGAACAAUGCGGAUGCCUCGCGGUGGAUUAUCCACAAUUACGGGCAUGGAGGCGGCGGCGUCACCGUGUCCUGGGGUUGUGCAGCGGCAGUCACCGAGCUGGUUCGUUCGCUCUGCGAAACGAUCGACACGGCUUCUUGCGGAAAUGCGUGA